CGUAUUACUCAUCAUCAUGCAAAAGACGUUUUUCUUCAUUCUAGCUUUUGCUAUUCUAAUAACAGCAGUUUCUCUCUUUGCGACAACUCAGUUUUCAGUUUCUACGGCUUUACCUUACGCUUCGACGCAAAUUACACUUUUGGCGGCUGGAGGGGAGAAAGUGAAGAGAAGACAACACGCGACGAUAGACAUACACAAUCGAUCGCAAAUUAAUCUAACUACCGCAAAAAUGUUUCUGGAGGCUGCAGGUGAGGAGUUGAAAUUACGGAGAGGAAGACAAACCGUGACGCUAGACACACCCACUCAGUCACAAAUUAGUGGAAUUGGCGGAAACCCUGACGAAGUGUUUAGUAGAAGAAGGAACGCAGUGCGAGCUACAUGCAAACAAACUGGAAGAAAGAAGCUUGGACUGACUGCACCUCAAAUGGACGACGUGUAUCACCACAUGAUUGUAGAUGACAAACACAAACUGAUCUAUUGCUAUGUGCCUAAAGCGGCUUGUUCCUCAUGGAAACGUGUCAUGUUACGUCUAACAGGAGCCACUGAUACUAGAGCUCCACACGAACGCAAAAAUCAUUUACUAAUGUCUGAUUUGCCAAAAUCGGAAAGAGAAAAGAGAAUGAAGACUUACAAAAAGUUCAUGGUUCAUCGAGAGCCACUUGGCCGUCUCCUCUCCGCUUAUUUUGAUAAAUUUGUGAAAGAUGAUGCAAUGAGAUUGACAUUUGGAAGGAAAAUUAUUUACCGGUACAGAAGUAAUCCUUCAAGGCAUAGUCUGAAGUAUGGCAAUGAUGUCACAUUUAGAGAGUUUGCUCGUUUUGCAGUGGAUGUUGCACACAAAACACGAACGAUAGACAUGAAUGAGCAUUGGCGUUCACAAGUGAAGCUUUGUCAGCCUUGUACUGUCGACUAUAAUUAUUACAGUGAGAUGGAGACUGUGGAGAGGGAUGCAGAGGCAUUACUCAAGAUUAUUGGUGCACCGACUCAUAUUAAGCUUCCUCAUUUACACAAUACAAAUUCAGCUAAAAAUGUGACUCAGUUUUAUGGUGAGGUAGACAGGAAUCUUUUGGGAAAACUACUGGUUGUCUACAAAGAAGACGUUGCUAUUUUUGGCUACAGUACUAGUAGACUCGUAAUUUGAAAUGUCUACGUGGUAUAGACCGGUAGUUGUAUACCACGAUAGUUGUAUAUAGUUUUUGUAACCUCGGUUAGCUUCGAAUUUCUAGACCAGAGAGCGCGCGAACUUUUUGGGCUAAACCAAAACGGUAAUAGAAAAUAGGGUAGGUGUUCCUACUAGUAGUU